AUCAACCCUGGUGAUGUGGACCAGGCAAGAGUAGCCGAGCGCAGACACCAUCCCCAACCCCCUUAUGUGUAUAUAUUUUUUUUAAUACUUUGUGAGGAAAAACUGUCAACCAUAUCCAAAGUGCAGGACCAAAGAGAAGUAAAUAAUGUAUGCUUUUGUUAGAUUCUUUGAAGACGAUAUGUGCUACGCGUUACCCGUUUCAAAUGUGGAAGAUUUCAGACCUCUGCACAAAACAGAUUUUGAUAAUCAGAAGGUGUAUCUGGUUCACAGAACUGAAGAGAAUGGCAGCGCAGGCCAGCCGUGCGAAGCACAGAUCCUUGCCCUUGCAGAUACAGUAGAGGAAUUUGAAGACAGUAUAAUGCAAAAGAAGAUGAAAAUUCCCAAGAUGUCCAUCAAGAAUUCAGGAAACUCUAUUGAGAACAGUUUUGGAGAGGAGAGAAUGCCACUCAGGCAUAAAAAGGCCCUUUCUCAGGACCAUGGGCGCCCCCUGUCCAAUUCGUCCAAGAGCCUGGCAGCAGUAGUGGCCCGCUUGGAGAGAAAUGCAGCCAGCUCCUGUAUGGAGGGCGAGGAGGACCUGGAUGAGGAUCGGCUGGCUGAGGAGGGAGAGGAUGCAGAAGACGAAGAUGAAGAUAUGGACGCAGAGCAUCAGCAACAUCAUCACCAGCAGCAGCAACCACAACAGCAUUUGGAGGUAGAUACAGAUUGUGUGUCUGAGGUGGCCGCGGCCGUGGUUCCCAGAGUCUUGUAUGAGGAGCUGGUUCACAGCUACAGGCAACAGGAGGAAGAGAUGAGGAGGCUGCAGCAGGAGCUGGAGAGAACCCGCAGGCAGCUGGUACAGCAAGCCAAGAAGCUGAAGGAAUAUGGCAGCUUGCUGACAGAAGUCAAAGAACUGAGGGACUUCAACAGGAGGCUGCAAGACGUACUUCUCAUGAGACUGGGCAGCGAGCCUAUGCAUGACAAUGGCACUCAGACAAUCAAGGCUGAAGUGGUUGAACCCAUUGUUGAGGCCCAGGAGACAUGCAGAGAGGAAGCCAACACCAGUUCCAGCUACUCACCCUCACCUAGAACAGUAUACACCUGCAACGAUGGGAAGGUACACCUCGGUGGUGGAAUUUGGGUGGAGGAGGAGAAGUGGCACCAGCUGCAGCGGACCCAGGGAGACUCCAAGUUCACAAAGAACCUGGCUGUAAUGAUCUGGGGCACAGAAACCCUCAAAAAUCGUAGUGUUACAGGAGUGGCCACCAAAAAGAAAAAAGAUGCCCUGCCCAAACCUCCGCUGUCGCCCAGCAAGUUGAAAAUCGUCAGAGAGUGUCUCUACGACAGAGUGUCUCAAGAGACAGCCGACAGCGCAGAGAUUACGCAGAGAUUAUCCAAAGUGAACAAAUACAUUUGUGAAAAGAUAAUGGACAUCAACAAGUCCAUCAAGAACGAGGAGCGGCGGGAGUCCAAGCUGCUCAUCAGACAAACAGUCAAGAUGGAGAACUUCACCUACGAUGGCAUGUAGUCAACAUCAACUGUUGUCACACCAGCGCCUUCUGCCUCCCCGUGGUCCGCAGGAUAUUUAGGGGACUUGAUAUGGGUGUUUGGGGAAUGUUUGUCAGAGUUUCAGGAGCGGUUAUAUUCCUUUGACACAUUGGAUUGGUCAUUAUGUUAAUUGUUUAAACAAAUACACCCCUUCCCAGCUCCCUGUAGAACAACCAUUACCUUCCUCAGUGCCCAGUUUCCUCAUUAGCUGACAGACAGCUUUACCCACCAGUCAGAAGUUGAACACAUGUGAACUAGUUUGAUAUGAGCUGGUAUGAGUGUUUUUAUAAGCUUUACAGUGGAAUUGGUACAGAAACAUGGUUUCUUGAGGUGUGUGCAUUUGUGUCAAAGGAGAGAUUAGAUGUGUUUGUUAAAUUAAUUUAUUGUUCUGUGUCAGAACAUAAUUUUGAGUCAUUAAACUUUUAAAAAGUAAGAGGUUGUUUCCCUAGACGAAGUCUUCUGAUGCUAUAAAGAUGAUGAUGCUAGCUUGCAUUAGAUCUUAGGCAUGUGAACAGUUGGUUUUGAUGACUAUCCAUGCAGUUUCUUGGUGUUUGCUGUUGGUACUUAAUGCAUAGAACGAGAUGUCAGUGUCUCACAUGCCUUCAAAAGUCUUAAUUGGUAACAGCCAUAUUGUAUUUUGCAACAGAGAUUCUGUUGGUCCAAGAGAUGAACUAUGUGUGUGCUCCCCCUUUAAGUGUAGGUUAAUCACAACACAUCACUUUAUUAAAAAGAGGGCUUACAGAGAUUUAAUGGGAAGUAUGAUUCUAAUGAAGAGUCUAUGGAGUGCUAUAUUUGUUUUGUUUUAUAUGUUGACCUUUGAAUUAUGAACAUUUGCCAUCACUAAGAGCGCACAAGGAAAGGUUUUGGUGGCAUAUUCCUGUGUUACUCUUAAUCAAACAUGUCACUUUGAGACGACUUGACUGUUUAAUGGGUUGUAGUGGUACAGGCACAUUGAUGCCUAGAAAGGCCUUAAAUGGAUUUGGCAAUCACCAGGGACUAGUAUGCCCCUGGGUUUUCUAGUAAGCUGUGAUUGUACAUGUAUAGUAAGCUGAAGUGAUGAAGCUUCACCUGCACUUUGCUGUGAGAAUGUAAGAGGUGGCUAGGUACUAUUUUCUGUGUGAUUCACACCAUUAAGUUGAGCUGAGCCAGGCUAUUUUCUGUCACCCUCCCCUCCUGGUAAAAGAUGCUGGGCUGUGCGGGACAACGUGGGGAGCAAAAUCAGAGUACAGCUUUGCACGGUUCAGGUCAUCUUCUUGUGGAAGCAGUGUUAGCUGUGGGUAAAGCUGUCUGAAAAACUGUUGUGCUGUUGAAGUUGUCUGGGCCUGCUGAACCCCAUAAUAACCCCCUCUUUUUUAAGCCACGCCACUGGGGAACAAAGUAAGGUCGCUCCAGUGACAGCUUCCUCUGAGCUAUGCCAUCAGAACUUUGAAAACUGUCCUCUUUUUCUUGUAUGUUUUUUGUUUUUUUCCUCUCCAGUUGUUUCAUUGUUUUGAUCCAAAAUGGUUUGUGUGGCUGUCUGCAGGCUGGAACUAAAUGCUGCAGAUUGAAAUCUCAACUGUGACCUAGCUGUGGCUAACUGUGAAUCUGCUGCAGAGCUGCCCAUCAAGCCUUUAUCCUCUUCACACUCUAGAUUCUCGUUUGUCGGUUGAUUUAUUUCUCUCUAUCAUUUUGUCUGUCUUGGUUUUUUGUUAUUUCAAAAGUUCAGAUCAGCCUUUUGUUAAGCUACCUUAUGUUGUGGAGAUAUUUUAGUGUACAUAAAACACAUCUUUUUAAUUUUUUUUCCACCAAACAUGGAUAUUUCAGUUUCUAGUCAUGUUACAUGUUACAGUUGUAAAGGUUCUGGUCAUGUUUUGGUUUAAUUUUUGUCGUAAUUCCACGUUACCUGUCAAUUUGUUGUUUCUUUUUACACUUCUCUAUAUUUUUUUUGUUUAUUUUCAUAUGAAUUGUUGGCUUUAAGCUUGAUAUUGUAUCCAAAUGUAGAUCAGUGGAAUCUACAAACAAAUGAAAAAGAUAUCUCCCUUUCUUAGCCAAAGUAAUCUCUGUGGAACAAGAGAGACAAAACUUUCCUUAAUGUAAUAUUUUGAAAGAGCCCAUACAUUAAGCUACAUUCACAACAUGUGAUAUUUGAUAAGCCUCACUUGGAAUCUACCUUCUAAUGAUCUGCCACAGUAAAAUGAAAAUCAAUAUUGUUAAACCAUUGUACUUCAGCAAUUGAGAAGCAGUAGUUAGAUUGACACAAAUCAUUUACAUUGAAUGCACUUUAAACUUCUGGGCAAUUUGUUCAAUCUUAAAGAAAUGUAUUUGUGGUAUUCGUCCUUUUUUUUUUUUAAAUGUCUAUAUAGAUUAAGGCCUAACAAUCAUUGUAUUAUCAUGAAGCACCUUAGAACAUUUUUGGUUUAAUGUUUUUUUUUUUUUUUUUUUUUUUUUUUCCCUUUAUGGCACGAAUGAGUUAUGGCAUAUACUUUUGUUUUUAUCAGUCAGAUAUGCCCCUGACAUGCCAAUGCUCCAUAACAAGCUUGAUAGAUUUAAUACUUCCAAAAUGAAUAUUUGAAUCUUUGAAAACCAGAUGUCCACAAGUCAUAGUUCUGUUGAAACUGGACUCUUUAUCUCCAUCAUGGCCUCACGAACAAUAAAUGGCUUACUUGGCUAAUUGGCAUGCUAAAGUCAACAAAUCUUCCAUCAAGUAGCUUGGUUUUCAAGCCCAAAAACAUGAUUCACCAACCUGAGGAUGUUUACCUAUGAAAUGUGCAAGAUGACUGGAAUAUGUGCUUUAACUUGAUGUGUCAAGAUGCUGGUUGUGUAUAGAUAUGACUUAUAUAGAGAUAAUUUGUGUAUUUUUAAAAAUGAGUGGUAAUUGUAAGCCAAAGUAUUGAAUGCUGAGAUCAAGGUAAAGAAGGGGGAUGAUGCUGACUGAGGAAUCAGCAGGGUUUGCACAAAAAAGGCCCAUGCCAAGGUAACAGAGCUUAGUGAAUCUUAAGGCACCAAAAUGGUGCCAUAUUAUUUUUUGAGUUCUUAAAAACUGUCCCUUUUUUAGUGUCCUUGAGUUUUUUUGUUUUGUUGUUUUUCCCUGUACAAAGCAACAUGUGAGGUUUACGUGCGCCAGCAUGUAUUUAAAAUACAUGUGAUUUAAAAGAAAGAAAAGAUUUCUGCUGUGCAAAGCAACCUUGCUGAAAUUCUGACACAUUGUCGUGUAUUGUGUUUGUGUUUGUUUCUUUGUUGUUUGAUGCCAAAAGGAGGUGUGGUUUCAAAGGCUGGUUUCCUGGAGUGAUUAAGUCUAAUCCUUUAACUAAAACCAUCUUUAGUGGAUGAAAGCUGUAUGGAAGUACUGUUUUUAACCCAGAUUUGGCUUAAUCUAUGAGGCAAGGCCAAUCUUUAUCAAAUGUACCAAGUCACUUGCAGAGGAACAGUUUGGGAUUUAGCAACAUAUUAGUAACAUACACCAAUAUAUAACCUGGCAGAGCUGUUAAUGGAUACUGUAGGCUAGUUUGGCUCUGCAACAACACCAGACCUCCCAGUACUCUCACUGUCACACUCAAGUAGCGAUAGGGAGAAAAUGUAACUUUCGCUGGAUCUGUGAUCCUCUUCUUGUGCCACCUCUAGGUCGUUACUAUUCUGACAUUUAAAUGGACUGGAUUUAAAAAAUGCACAUGUAUCAAGAUAAUAGUAAAUCCUGUCCUCCUUUGCUUGCUUGGUGUUUUGGCGUACGUUGUGAACACCUGUCAAAGCUGCGGAAGUGAGGGAGCUUUAUGUUGCUUUUUGACAGUUUGAUUGGGAAAAAGAGAUCCGUUUCAAGCUUCACUUUGUGGAACAAGAUAAAUGGCUUCAUCUCACGGUUUUUGCAACUAAGUGUACACAAGAUACAUUACUAUUUGAGCCUCAGAUACAAUGUCAGACUUACUUCAAAAUAAGACAAAUGGGAGGAACACAUUGUUAGGCCUAUAUUUUUCUUAAGGUAUCAGUAACUUUGUAUACAAUCCACAAACCGGUUCUACUUCAUCUAACUUCACCGUCCUACCUCAUUGUUACUCUGGUGUUUGUUUGUCAGUGACUGUAAACUAUGUGUGUAUAUUAAAAAAAAUAGAGGAAAAGGUAUACCUGGUUACUCUCAACAUGUAUAGCAUAUAAAACUUGUAAAACACCUCAGUACACAAAUAUCAUUCUUAGGAGAAAUCAGUUUUAUUACCUGCUUAAAGAUGCUGCUGUAAAGGGGUGUCUGCGUGAGGGGUCGUCUCUGAAUAUAUAUAUCUUCGCUCUUUGCUAUGUCGUGCAGUUGAUCAGUGGUUGUGUUCUGUCUCUGUAUUGCAUUCUGAGAUUUUUACUGGUUGACGGUGCUACCAGCAUACAGUUCAAAAACUGAUCUGUCUAUCGGACCUCAAAUGGUGCUGUUUUUCUAUGUUUUUAUCCUCAUACAGCUAUGUUUUAUUCAGGUGUGUCAACCGCCACUAUCCCCUCAGCUAAUCAAAAUUUUAAGCCAAACUAUUCCGCAAAACCGAUAAACCCUGCUAUUACUGUAUCAACUAUAUGCUAUCCAUCCAAAUAUUGUAGAUAGUGAUUAUAUCCUCAGCUGUGAGUUUCGGAAGUACCUCAGAACUUGCUGAUUUUCAAUGGAUGCAUCUGCUUCUAGCACCUGUUGUCUACCGAUAUUACUUUGUUGCAGUGUAUUUUCAGAAAUAUGCAUUUUUAAUGGUUAGAUCAGGUUACACUCUACGUAGUACAUGAUUAUUAGCUCAUACUCAGAUGACCGUUAAAUUUAAAGGAUACCACUGUUCACUGGUUGCAUGCCAGGUUGUCAUUAAGGAAAUCUCAGUUGGACUGGGCAGUAUAUUUCAUAGUAGCAGAGGUCCUCAGCAAAAAAAAAAAUUUAAAAAGAGGAAGAAAGAAAAAAAGAAACUGUUCUUGUUUUCUAAAUGUUCUUUUUAAGUCAAAGCUAAGUGCAGUUUGUUUUACAGAAGAGGGGUUCCAUUGGUAGUUCUGGUUCUGGGAAUAUACAAUAUUCAUCUGGUUGAAAAUGAAAUUUGUCAGAAAUAUUAUUUAAAUCACUGACAGUCUUCAGGGUAAAAUCACAAAGACUGUUGGUUAGUUUCAACCUACCAGUUUUGGAAUGAUUAUAUUUAUCUAGUUACAGUUUUAAUCUGUGAUUCCCCACUUGUAUCUCUUUGCCCCCCAUAGUUGUAAUAACUCAAAUGUAUUUUUCUGUGUUAAAAAUAUGAAUUUAGUGUAGCAGUUUGCUCAUGAUUGACUUACUGUGAGCUAGAGUCAUAGAUACAGCAUCAUACAGUGUCUGGAUUUGGCUCAAUUAUUCAAAAGAGUGCAAUAUAUUUAAUUUUACCCCCUGCAGUGACACCAAUGGAAUCUUUUCUGCGCCAAAGUGUUUGCAGUAUGUUGAGUUGUACUCUGUCAGUAUGUAUGUAUUUGGUUUUCUUGUGAUUUUUGUUUUUUCCUCCGAUCAUGUCUGCGAACAUGAAAUGUUGCUGGGGAAUUCCUCUCUACUGUGAGCAGCGUGUGUGUGUGUGUGUUUCAAAUACACAGGAGUUGGUUUCAUUGGAAGCACUUAAGCCAUUUGUUGGACUGUUUUCAUAAUGGUUCAAUUGUAAGCUUUGCUCUGGUCCAGGGAAUUGACCCAGAGAGUUUUGUGUGUAACUGAAUUCCUAUGCAGGUGUUGAGUUGUAAUCACCUGGUACCACAUCACUGUUAGGGUGAGGGACCAGCCAGGGAAAGUUAUAACUGGAGAGCGUUCAAACCUUUGAAUGUGUCUGCGCAGCCUUGAGAUGGGGAGGGAUAAAUGGCGACAUGACAAAUCCGUACAGAACUAUUGCUACAUUUUCACACUCAUGGAGUUUUAACUAAACUGAACUAUACAGGGCUGCUUCGGUAUAUACCUGUCUGUUGUAACUGCAUUACAAUGAUCAUUAGGGAAAGACAGGGUUUUUACUGUGUUGAGUAUUUCCAGCUGGUAUGAUAAUGUGAAAAGGAUUUCAAGACUAUUGCAGUAAACACUCCCUCACCCUACUUUAGCCUCCCAGAGGCACAACCCUACAUUUACAGAAAAUGUUAGAAGUAUAUGCGAUAGAGAGUGUACAUGUCUUUGCUAAACCGGCCACACCUCUGCUAUGCGAGCAACUCUUUGACGCUUAGCAUCCUGUUCUGUGUUUUUUUCUCUUGCUGCAUUCAGGAACACCUGUCUAAUGUAUAGAUAAACAGAAAUAAAUCCAGACUUUUAUUCUAUCAGCACAAA